AUGGCUGCUCAGCCGCAGUCGGGCGGCAAUGCCCUCCAGCCCACCGCCAACGACAAACAGGGCGAGGAGGUCAGCCAUGUUGAGCCUGGCCUUGUGGAGGCAAACGAUGCGAUCGAUGGCAAGGAGAAGCACCUUCCCAGCGCAGAGGAGCAAAUAGAUGCCCUGGGAAUCCCCAACUGGCGCGAGCUUGAGAGGAAAGUCGUCAAGCGACUAGACAUGACGCUGCUCCCGUGUCUCUGGGUUCUCUACUUGUUCAACUACCUAGACCGAGCAUCGAUUGCUCAAGCUCGACUUAGUUCCCUUGAUGAAGACCUGAACCUAAAGGGCUACCAGUUUGGAACCGCCGUCUCCAUCCUUUCCCUGGGCUACGUCCUCGGCCAGAUCCCCAGCAACAUGAUCAUCGGCAAGGUCCGCCCGAGCCUCUACCUCUGCUGCAUGGCCUGGAUCUGGUCCGGGGUCUCGGCCGCCACCUGCGGCGUGCGCAACUACCAAGGCCUCAUCGCCGUCCGCUUCUUCCUGGGCGUGGUCGAGGCGCCCCUGUUCCCCGGAGCCAUCUACGUCAUGUCGUGCUGGUACACGCGCAAGGAGCUCGCCCUGCGCUGCGCCAUCCUCUACACCGGCCAGACCCUGGCCUUUUGCGUGGCGGGCCUCAUCGCCGCCGCCGUCUUUGGCACGCUCGAGGGCUCCUACGGCCUGGCCGGCUGGCAGUGGCUCUUCAUCGUGCUGGCGUCCACGGGCGCCGGCCUGGCCAUGAUCUGCUACUUCAUCCUCCCCGACUACCCCGACUCGGAGACGGGCAGCGCCAUGUGGUCCAUGACCACCGACAUGCGCCGCGUGGCCGCCGCCCGCAUCCUGGCCGACCGCGUGUCCACGUCCGAGGCCAAGAGCGGCGUCUGGCAGGGCCUCAAGAUGUCGGUCCUCGACUACAAGAUGUGGAUGCUGGUGGGCAUGAACAUUGGCAUCAGCGCCGCCUACGGCUUCAGCAACUUCUUCCCCAGCAUCGUGCGCGGCUUCGGCUACAACAACACCCUGACCCUCGUGCUGACCGCCCCGCCCUACAUCUUUGCCGCCAUCGGAUCCCUCGUCAACGCGUGGCACUCGGACAAGACCAAGGAGCGGGGCUACCACUUUGCAGGCCCCAUCGCCUUUGGCUGCGCCGGCUACAUCAUCUGCCUGGCCACCUCCAACACCAACGCCCGCUAUGCCGCCAGCUUCAUCUACGUCGGCGGCAUGUACACGUCCAACCCGCUCAUCAGCACCUGGACCAGCAACACCAUGGGCCGCACGCCCGAGAAGCGCGCCAUCUCGGUCGCCUUUGUCAACGUGCUCGGCCAGGUCGGCAACCUGAUCGCCCCCUACUUCUUUGACGACGCCGACGAGCCGCGCUACCGCAUGGCCUUUAUCCUGAUGAUGGUCAUGGCCCUGAUUGCCUGCUCGAGCGCCAUGGGGCUCAAGUUCUACCUGUCCCGCUCCAAUAGGAAGCUCUACCGGAGGGCGCACCAGGAGGGGACCGUGUACCAGCCUUAUAUUACCUAA